AGCCAAGCAAAGCCAAAGACGCGGUGGGGGUGGGCAGUCUUUGCUGGCCGGAUGUAGAUAGGUAGUAGAUUGCGAGCAUUGGGCUUGCUGGCCUACGGGUGCUGUGUGCUUGUUUUAUUGGGGGGUGUCACGAUAUAAAAAAAGACUGCAUUGUUUAUUUGUACAGAGCCUGAAAAUAUAGUGAUGCAGGCCUGCAAUUGGACCGUACGGGGCCUGCGUGCGCUGCGUGUCAAGCCACGAGCAUGCCUGGGCAGAUCGGCGAAACCAUUGCAUACCAGCGCCAACCUUCGUAGCAGCGAUCUCGUCUCCGUUCAUGACGAAGACGGCGCCCACCACAUUACCCUCAACAACCCGAAGAAGCGAAACGUGCUUUCGCUGGCGAUGUUGAAGCGUCUGGACGAAUGCUUCGAAAGCGCCCAGACAAACGACGCGCUGCGUUGCAUCGUCCUUUCCAGCACUGGUCCCGUCUUCAGCUCGGGACACGACCUCAAAGAACUCAAAAUCGAAUCGGGAACGGCUCAACAAGAGGAAAUCUUCGCACUUUGCACCAAGGUGAUGUCCGCGAUCGAGAAACUGCCCGUCCCCGUCAUAGCACAAGUCGAUGGACUCGCCGCGGCCGCGGGCUGCCAGCUGGUCGCCUCCUGCGAUAUCGCCCUGGCGUCCGACAAGGCGACUUUUUCGCUUCCCGGAGCUUCGUUCGGUCUCUUCUGCUCGACACCGGGCAUUCCCGUGGCUCGCUGCGUGCCGCAAAAGGUGUCUGCGUAUAUGCUGCUCACGGGAAGGCCGAUCAGCGCUCGGGAGGCCCUGGUCAGCGGUUUGGUCAGCAGAGUGGUCCCGUCCGACGCGUUACAGGAGGAGACCGAGCAAGUGGUCGAAGCGAUCAAGUCGAAAAGCCGAGCCGUCAUGGCGCUGGGAAAGCGGUUUUACUACCGGCAGAUGCGGCUUAGCAUAGUUCAAGCUUACGCGGAAGGGGAGAAAGUGAUGGUAGAUAAUCUUCGCUACAGGGAUUCGCAGGAAGGGAUCGCAGCCUUUGCGGAGAAGAGAAAGCCCGUCUGGGAGCAUACCGACCGCAAGAUCGGCUGAACCGCGUUGGUGUUCCCCUGCUGACCUGCUGAUGGAGUGCAAAAUAAAGCUUGAGGAAUUUUAUUCGGA